AUGUUAGAUAUAUUCAAGUUUGAGAAGGAGAGGAACAGCGAGCAGGCGGCCAUGCCCGACAACACCGCGGCCCAGAAGGUGUGCCACCUGCAGGGCAUCAACGUGACCGACUUCACGCGCGCCAUCCUCACCCCCCGCAUCAAGGUGGGCCGCGAGGUGGUGCAGAAGGCCCAGACCAAGCAGCAGGUACUUAAAGAACCUCCAGAGGAACCAAACACAGAACCAGACACACCAAGAGGCACCAAACACAGAACCAAACACACCCACAGGACAGCAUUCAGAGAGAGGUCAGAGGUCAACUCAACGCCCAGAGCCAAUCCAAACGCCAACGCUAACGAGGAACCCAACCUCAGCCAGAUCCCCACAGAUCCACCCGACGCCUUCAUCCCACAGGCCGACCCAGCAAACAUGGCCGACCCGGCUGCUGACGACAGCAAGUACCUGUUCCUGGAGAACGACUUCCGCAACAGCGGGGUGGCCCAGGCCGACUGGGCGGCCAAGAAGAUGGUGCUGGUGGAGCUCUCCAACGGCCAGAAGGUGACGGUCAAUAAAGACGACAUCCAGAAGAUGAAUCCGCCCAAAUUCAGCAAAGUGGAGGAUAUGGCCGCCCUCACGUUCCUCAACGAAGCCUCAGUCCUGCAAAACCUGCGGGAGAGAUAUUUCUCCAGCCUGAUUUAUACGUACUCGGGUCUGUUCUGCGUGGUGGUGAACCCCUACAAGAUGCUGCCCAUCUACUCGGAGAAGAUCAUCGAGAUAGGGGAGUCUGGAGCCGGGAAGACGGAGAACACUAAGAAGGUGAUCCAGUACCUGGCCGUGGUCGCCUCCUCUCACAAGGGGAAGAAGGACGCCAACCCGGUGAGGGCACUGAUCAAUAACCGGAGCACUGAUCAAUAA